AAGCAUUUUGAAUCAACAAAUGCUCGCAAUGCUAAACUCAGGAGACACGCAGUCGGCGCGACUGUUCCGGAGUCAAAUGUCCAUGCGUUACAUCAGCUUUUGUCGCGCUCGCUGUUAAGUUUUGCCGUCUAUCACGUCAUCCAUGUCCAUCGCCGCCCGAUCGCUGCUAACAGGCCUGGUCUUUGGCGUACUUCUGGCACUCUUUCUGCAGCAAUUGACCCCCCACAUUCAAGUGCCGGUACAGGUUUUACGUGGGACUCCGGCGACUACUACACCGCUUCCAGACUCGGGCUCAAUGGCGCAAGUUCUUCGAAAUAUUGCUAGAAGAGUGGUGCGCGGGGCCAGUUCAAACUACAAAAGCACUGUGGCUGCUCCGUCUUCUGUUCUACACUCCAGACCCUCUCUUGCAUCUUCAGCCUCUUCUUUGAUACCCUCAAGCUCCUUUUCUACUACAGCUCCAGCCAUGGCUUCUUCCCAGCUCACCAAGUCGGUCCUCGAGGCCAUCAAGGAGCGCCGCACAUACUACCAGCUCAACAAGGAGGCACCUAUCUCCGACUCCAAGAUUACAGAGCUUGUUGAGCAGGCUCUUCUCCACGUCCCUUCCUCAUUCAACUCCCAGUCCACUCGCCUCGUUGUCCUGCUUAACAAGGACCACGAGCAAUUCUGGGACUACGUGAUUGAGGUCCUCAAGCCCCUCACCCCCGAGGACAAGUUUGACGGCACCAAGCAGAAGAUCAACGGCUUCAGGGCCGCGUACGGAACCAUUCUCUUCUACGAAGCCCCCGAGCCCGUCGAGAACCUGCGCAAGGCCUUCCCCCUCUACGCCCACCACUUCGGCGACUGGUCCGAGCACACCAACGCCAUGCACCAGUACGCGCUGUGGGUGGCGCUCGAGGCCGAGGGCUUCGGCGCAAACCUGCAGCACUACAACCCCAUCAUCGACCAGAAGGCUGCUGAGCACUGGAGCGUCCCUCUCGAGUGGAAGCUCAGGUCCCAGCUGGUCUUUGGUGGCCGCGCGGGUGAGCCCGGCGAGAAGCAGUUCCAGAAGACUACUGGCGAGAGGCUGUUCGUGCACGGCGCCAAGCAGUAGAGUGGAUUAUAUAAAUGUCGGUCACAUUAGACAUGGUGCAUUAGAUAGCGAAUUGAGCGUUUAGACUC